AUGAAAAGCUCUCAAACUUGGACAGGAGUGAGGACUACAAUUACAACCUUUAAAGACGUAGAUGUGUACGACGUGAAGUAUUGUGCUUGUGACAAACUAAGAAGACAGAUCUUGAGUAAAGAUGUGUCUACUAAAGCUGGAGACUUUGAGAAUUUUAAGAAGGCUAAAGAAAAGUUUAUGUUCAACAAGAAAGUAGGAGUUUCUGAAAGUUUUAACGGUCUCUCUCAUGAACUUGUUUUGAUGUUAUCUAGUAACUUAGUAUAAGACUUGGUAUGUAGGUUUUGUACAAUUUAUCUAAUAUAAUUAUUUUUAAUAAAUUCAACUAAAUAUUUAUGUAAAAU